AUGAAAAUGGAAAAAGAUAAGAGUGCAGGAAUUACUGCUAGUAUUAAAUAAUUUAGUUUUAUUAGUAAUAGAUUGUUUUUUAACUGUCUUGGAGGAGUUUUUAUAUAUGAUAUAUCGAAUAUGAAUUAACCUCAACUUGUUUCUGUUAUUAAGGCUAAUUAAGGUGCUUAACUUAUAGAAAUUUCACCAUAAAUAAACUAUUUAUUUUUGGUAGAUGGAACUUAUAGAAUUUUAAAGAUUACAAAUAUGGAUGAUUUCAUUCAAUCUCCAUAAACACCUAUCAACACAUAAGAUUUGUGUUCUUUCUCAUUUAUUUAUGUAUCCUUAAGCUAUAUCUUUAAAAACUACUUAUUUGCCUAGUCAUCCACCUAUAUUAUUGGAGGAGCUGAUUUAACUACAUUUUUAUAAACAGGAUAAUGUAGUGAUUUAAAGUUUAAUCAAAUUUAUUCAAAUGAUAGCUAAUAUAGUAUUGCUUUUAUAACCUCUAACAAACAACACAUAUUUCUUAAUUAAGCAAAUAUUUAUAUAAAUGUAAUAGAGAUGAACUAUGAGCCUAUACCAUCUGCGAAAUUAUUCUAAAUUAUUGAAAUUAAUAAAUACAUUUAAUUUUUCGCUCUUUCUUUUGAUCUUUAAUUUCUAAUUGUUUCUAAUUAAAUGACUAUAGACUUUUUCUUUAAAAAAAGUAAUCCUAAUUACAACUCUACACUUCCUAGUAUACUUAAUUUACCUUCAGUAAUUUCAUAUAUAGAUCCUGUACUACCUUUAAAUCCUGUCCAACCUUAUGAUUGCUAAUUUACGUUUUCAAAGAAAUAUCUUAUCUAUACUAAAGGUUCUUAUGGAACCUAUAUCAUUUAAGAAGAUCAAAAUAACCACUUUUAAUAAGUAAUUUAAAGUAUUAACCCUCCUCCAACUCCUUCUGAAACUUUAAGGAUGUCAAGAGCUUUUAAUAAUGAUUAAAAUCUUUUAAUUGGAAGAGGUACAAGUAUUUACAUAUACGAUAUAUCCAAUUUAUCAGGUCCUAUUUAGCUUUCUAUGCUAAAUUUUGGAUUUGUGGGUAUCUAAUUUCGUCGUUCUUAUAUUACAAAAGAUAUGAAAUAUGCGCUGCUUGCUGGAGAUAUAAAAGGUGUUUUAGUCGUUGAUAUAUCUAAUUUGAAAAAUCCUUUUCUUGUUACUACUAUUUAUCAUAAUUUUCCUCGUUUAACAAGUUGCUAUUACGUUGAUAUGCCAACAAGUGAAAAAUACGCAGUCGCAUCAUAUCUCACUUUAGGAAUAAUACUCUACGAUUUCACUGAUUUCAAGGACCCUAAAAUUUUAUCUUAUUUGACUACUUAAAGUGCUCGUUAGACAGUAUUUUUCUAAAAUUAAAAUUUUUUGUUGAAAUCUGAUCUCUAAGAAGGAAUUAUGAUUGUUAAUGUAACUGACGUUUUGAAUCCAUAACAAGUAUCUACAAUAAUUUAAGAUGCAUCUUCUAGGUAGUGUAUUUUAAUUUAGAAUGAUUUCUUUGCUGUUUGCACAUCUAGUUAUCUUGGAAAUUUAUUAUUGAUCGAUCUACGAGACUUAUAAAAUCCAAAAAUUUAAUAAAGGUAUGAUUUUAGAAACAAAUAAUUAAGUGGAUAUAAUGUUUGCUUAAGAGGUGAUUAGAAAAUAAUUUAUUUAGGCCUAGUUGAUUCUAUAGUUAGAGUAAGCCUUUACCCUUAAAUUUAAUUUGAGACUAACUUAUUACUUCUUCAAAAAGGUUCAACUCCAUAAAACAAAUUUAUAGAUAUCAAAAAACCUUUUGAACUAGGUACAAAGGUGAAAGUUACACUUUAAUAAGUCUAUCCAGCCAGAAAAGCAUUUAUAACAGCAGCUAAGUUUUAUAAUAAUUUUAAGGUAUAAGAUUUACCAUUUUGGGCUACUUUUUCAGCAGCUGAUUCCUCACUUACCCUCUCAUUUACAAAACAAUCUAUAAGUAGUAGCAAUAUUUAUUAAUAGAAUAGUAAAGCUAUUGAUUAUUAUAACUUUUAGUUUAUAUUUAUAAUAAAUUAAUCUAUUUUAAAUUUUGACUUCGUUAAUCUAAGCUUAAAUAUUGAUUAAAACCUAUCAAAUCAAAUAUUUGUAGAUAGCAUUUUAGCAGGAUUGCUAGACAAUAAUUAUUAUUAUAAAGGUCAAUCCUUUGAAGUUAUAAAUUAUUAUUUUUAGUAAAAAUACUAAUCGAGUCAAAUUUAAUUUAUAUUUUAUGUUCUAAGUUGUAAAUUGCUUUACUACUCCAUUUAAUUAGAUGUUUAUGAUUCAUUAAUAGUUAGUAUAGAUGAUGUAAAUGCACAACCAUAUAUUGAUUCAGUGAAUAACUAUAUUUAUAUUGAUCUUACAGUCGAUUUGAAAUAGGCAAACUUUAUUCCACAAACAUAUAGUGGAGUUUUAAUUUAUCUGAGUGAUAAAAAUGAUUGGAUCAAAAUAGAGGGAGAUUUAAAUUCAGUAAAUCUUGUUAUUUAAAAAGGAAUUUAAUUAGCAAACUUUACAGAUGCUUCUAAUAUUAACAUUACUAUGACAUUAGAUGACUCAUUAAAUAAACUAAUUACCAAAACUUUCUAUGCAUCAAGUAAGAAUAUAAUUAAACUGAAUUCUCCAAUAUUAAAUAACCCAGAUCUUUCACUAUAAGAAGAUUUUGAGAAAAAAUUUUAAGGCAAAUCUGUAUUUAUAGAAGAUACUUUUAGUUACACAUUUAACUCUUAAAUUUUUAUCAAUAGAGAUAACAGAAAUAUUUAAUAUCAAGCUUUGAUGCUUCAAAGUAAUGGAAAAUUUUUACCAUUAACUUAACAAAGUUGGUUAUUAUUCUAGGCUCAAGAAAGGACUUUUGUUGGAACAACUAAAUCAAAUUAAUUUGGAUAAUCUGUACAUAUAUUGAUCAAUGCAACUGAUGGAUUUACUUAUGCCACUGCUUCUUUAGUCUUUAAAAUUGACUCAAUUCCUAUUUCUUACUUAAUUAUUUUACUUUUCUAAAUCAUAAGUCCAAUUUUAGGAAUAAUAGGAUUAUGGAAAUAUCGUUCACAUUUUUAUAAUUGUAUUUAUAGAAGCUCUUAUUGUACUACACCAAUCGAAAUAAUUUGUGGGGAAGAAGUUAUUAUUUAAAUUCCAUUGCUUGGAAAUAAAUUAAAAAUUGCACAAUCACUUUGGAAUUCAUACUUUAAUACUUUAGACAAAUCUGUUAUUAUAAAAGAAUUUAACAUAAAAAAGUAAAACUGUGAAGUUAAUUUUGAAAAUAAUAAUCCCAGACAUAAAGCUUAGCUAUCAAUUGAUCAUAAUGGUAUCCUAAAUACCAAACUUUUAAAAUAAUCUGAAUAGCAAUAGUUUUAAAGUUAAAAAUAGUCCUUUUUUUAAAGCUCAAGUAAUUUUAAAAAGAAGUUUUACAGAGAUUUAAGAAAAAAUGUUUAAUUAGUUCAUUUUAACUAAAUUAACUCAAGCAAAGAUUAUAAUAACCAAGUUGUAAAUAAUUAGUAAUUGAAUUAGUAAAUUGGUUAGUAAAAUUUGAAAUUAUCUUAUUUCAAUUAAGAUAAUUCCUUGAAUUAUUCCAAAAUUAUAAUGGAAAUUCAUGAAUAGUAUAUUAAGAAUAAUAAAGUACCAAACAAAAAAUUACUUGAAUAGCUAAAUAAUCCUCUGUCUAUGAUUUGUAGAGCACUAAUUGGAUUAGCUUCUAUUUCGAUAGCUAAUAUUUUACCAUAAAAAAUAAUCUAGCACUCUAUAAAUUAUUUAAAAACUGUUGCAAAAGAAAAAGGAUAUUUUGAAAAAGAUUGGUACAAACAUUAUGCAAGUAUUGAACAUCAAUUCUCAAGAGUACACAUUGAUCAAUUUCCAUUAGUAAAGCUAGAUGAUAAUCAUUUAUAAAAAGUUUUAAAUAUUUUAUUUUCGAAAAUAGACCUUAAAUAAGAAGAGAUAAAUAAUUUUUAUUAAAAAUAUUUUUCUUUCAUCAAAGAUUAUUUAACUGCAAUAGCUUUAGGAUUCACUUAAGAUGGAUAAGGGAUUAUACCAAAAAUAAGAGGGGAAUGCCUUGAAAUAAAAUCUCAUAAUAUUUAAAAUAUAAGAACAUUUCGACCUUUUAUCAAAAAAUUCUUUUUUUUUUCAAAAGUAAUAUUUAGAAAUUAAACUUUAGUUGCUAAAGAGUUUUCUAGUAUACAAGAAAUACCAUCAUGGAUAUUAAGUAUAGAUCUUGCUAAUAAUGUAAUUUUAAUUAAAGGAAAAACAUAACAUAAAGAUAUUGGUUAAUAUGUUAUGAAUAUUUAUGAUGACAAACAUUUUGUAAUAAAGUAAAUAAAAGUGAAUGUUAAGCCAGAAAUAAAUCAAAAUAAUAAUAAUAUUUAGGAAAAAUCUCCUUUGUUUUUAUCUUAAGAAUCAAUUAAUCGCGAUUCAGCUAAUUCUUUUACUAAGCCUAAACAAUUUACAUGUAUAUAUUCUGCUGAUGAUGAACUACCUCUUGAGCCUAUUAGUAGUUCAAAAAAUCGUUAUUUAGGAGACUCAAAUUCAUUAAAAAAAAAAUCUAACUAAUUAAGCCUUAAACAUACAAAUAUAUUGUAAUUUUGA